CAUUUUGUGGAGAUAACAGACGACCAGUUCGACUUCCACACAUACUGUAUGCGGAAGAUGACGUUGCGUUCUUACGUCGAUUUGCUCAAUCUAGAGGACGUGUUGCGUAUGCACCCUUUUUACUUCAAGGCAGCACGUACAGCCAUCGAGAUCUACCUCAGCCUUCAUGAUAACCCGCUCUCCGAUGACAACAAGGAGUCGCAGGCCGACAAUGCCAACCUAACGGACAAGGAGCUGAAGAAAUUGCGCAACAAACAGAGACGUGCCCAAAAGAAAGCCCAGUUAGAGGAGGAAAAGAAGAAUGCUGAAAAAGAAAAACAGCUAAAGAACCAAAAGAAGAAAAAGGAAGAGGAUGAGGAGGAGAUUGGAGGACCUAAAGAGGAGCUCAUACCAGAAAAACUGGCCAAGGUGGAGAAUCCUCUAGAAGAAGCGGUUAAGUUCCUGACUCCACUCAAGAACUUAGUAAAGAAUAAAAUAGACACGCAUCUGCUGGCCUUUGAGAUCUACCUCAGGAAAGAGAAGUAUCUAUUGAUGCUGCAGUCGGUGAAGAGAGCUUACUCAUUGGACCCCGAUCACCCCUGGCUCCACCAGUGUUUGGUGCGAUUCUUCAAAGGAGUGUCGGAUAGUAAGGACAUGCCGGAGGCAGUGCAGACGGUUCUGAAGCAGGAGAUCACAAAACUGUUUGGCGAGAGUGACCCCAAGACUUUCAACAAGAACUCCCUGAGCAAACAUGCGAACUCAAUACCACACAGAGUUGCAGGUACCCACUUUAUGAUGUUAAAGAACUUUUGA